AGACCAGCCCUGCACAAUCACCUGAACAGAAGAAUCAACCGAAGAGCUUUGUCUGGGCUGAGCCACUGGCUUUUGAAAGGCAGUGUGUGGUGCACUCUGACCAGCUUCUGAAGGAGAGUGUUUGUGUGGGAGUUAAGUGGUUGUGCCAGGCACAAGAGACCACACCUCCAUCCACUGAUCAGGACCAUGUGUCCCUCACCUCCCACCUCAAGGAGUCUUAUAAAUCACAGAGUCCAGUGCAGACCCUCAGCCUGGGACACAGAACCCUGCAGUGAAUACAACCGGAAAACUAAAAGUGUGGCUGAAGUUUAUCUUGUUUUUGAGUUUGAGUGAUUAUGAUGCUGAGCAUAGCCACCUUCAGUUGUUUUUUGAUGAAUGUGAUGGUGAUGGCAUCACAUCCAAACCUGAGACAUAGUGAAAACUCCUUUGCUCUACCUGACACAGGCUUACUACUUGGAGUGGAGCACCUUGAAAUAAACUCAGCAGAAGAAAAACUGCUAGAAGACCUUGAAUCCUAUGAUGAGGAUCUGGGUAAAGCUGUACGGCUGCAGAGAAGAGGCACUCGCUCCCCCAGCCGCUGCAUCCCUCAUCAGCAGUCCUGCUUGGGUCAUCACAUGCCCUGCUGCAACCCCUGCGAUACGUGUUACUGCCGUUUCUUUAAGGCCUUCUGUUAACACCUGCAAACACGAAUAUGCAUAGAGCCAAAUUCUACUCUGAAAUGUCUAAUUGUGGCUUUUACAUUUACAGUUUAUACAGCUCCAGAAUGUAUAUGUGGAUAGUGUAAAUGUACAGCCUCACACUAUCCACAGAAAAGUUUGUUACAAUAGACCAAAUAUAUAAUUUUUUAAUAUUAAAGCUACACAAAGCCUAAAGAGUGCACCUUGGCUCUUAACAUUUCAGAUUUGUAUUGCUGCAGUUUUAUG